AUGAAGAAAUUAUUCAUAUUACAAUUUAUCUCUAUUUUUGCCAUCUUCACAAAUUCUUGGCUUUGUGAAGCAUCUUCAGCACCUAAUCCAGUUCUUGACAUAACCGGCAAAAUUCUCCGAACAGAGAAAACAUAUUUUAUAGUUCCAAUUAACGGCGAAAAAUACGGUGGCGUUGCCGUGGAAACCAUAGGCAAUAAUAAUACAUGUCAACUUAGUGUCAUACAAAAACGUUACAUUGAACCACACGGCCAUGGCCUGGAAUUAAUACCAGUCGAUAAAAAGAAAGGUGUAAUUCGCGUGUCCACUGAUUUAAACGUUGCAAUUUACAGUACCUAUGAUUGUCUUCAUUCGACAAGGUGGCAACUAGAGAAAUAUGAUGGAGGGAGGUAUUUUAUUAAUGUUGGUCCUAAGGAUAGAAGGAAUUGGUUCAGAAUUGAGAAGUAUGGGCAGGGUUAUAAAUUUGUUUACUGUAAAGUUAUUUGUAAAGAUGUUGGAGUUGUUAUGGUCAAUGGUCAGAGGCGUUUAGGGCUUAAUGGUGCCCCUCUUGUGUUCAACUUUAAGAAGGAAAUUCUUGAAGGUCGUUGA